CACUAGAACUCUUGCAAGAAAUAUGGCUGACGAAGCUAAUUUAGAGAAGGUAGCUUUGGAAGAUCAUGUUAAAAAUAUGGAAAAUACUUUGAAGGAAUUGAUGGCUUCCUUCCAAGCAACCUUAGUCACAAGAGCACCUUUGACUACAAAUCCCUUGUUUGAAGGAAAUGUUUCUGUGGCAAAUCUCCCUAUCGCCAUAUCUACUCUUGGAAAGGAGCCAAUGUCAUCUUGCCCACCAAAUCCAACUAUUGGUGGAACUUCUGGGAUAAAGCCAUUUGAUCUAAAUGCUGGUGUUGCUACAACCCAGUCUAAUGAUCAAGAAGAGACUCAAGUUGACAAGUCAAUCACAGAGGAUGAAGACAAGGCAAUUAAAGCGAAGGACAGUCUGACGGGUCCUGCAGAUGCUUGGUUCUCUACUUUAGACAAAAGUAAGGUCAAAAGUUGGCAUGAUUUGACUUACAAUUUUAUGAAGCAAUAUGAACACAAUACAUCACUAGCUCUUAAUAGAGAAGAUCUUCAAAGGGCAGAAAAGAAACGAAGUGAGAACUUUAAGGAAUUUGCUCAGAGAUGGUGUGGAUUGGCUGCUCGAGUUCAACCUCCACUAACUAAUCAUGAAUUAAAACAAGUGGAGGAUGGAAUCAAGUCUGGAAUUAUCAUGGAUUAUCAAGCAACGAAGAGUAUCCUUGAACAAUACCAAAAUGGUAGUUUAGGGGUUUCUAGUUCGAAGAAAGUGGGUCAAAAUCAAAACAAGGAGAAUGAAAAUGGCACUAUAAGCUCAGUUUAUGAAACAUAUGGGAGACAUAAUCAGCCAUGUCCUCGAGGCCAAUUCAAUAAUUCUUUCCAAGCUGCAACCUAUCAACCGACAGUUUGUUCAACUGGUCUUGUUACUCCCAUACCUAUGGUGCCAUUAAAUCCACCAUUUCCAACAGGGUAUAACCCACAAGCAAGAUGUGAAUACCAUAGUGGAGGUGUUGGACAUGACCUUGAAAAUUGUCUUGCUUUAAAGCAUCGUAUCCAAGAUCUGAUAGAGGCAAAGGAGUUACAGAUUACAUUAGAACCCGAACUUGUUGGUCCAAAUAUCACUAAAAACCCCUUACCAACACACGAUUGGUCAACAGUCAAUAUCAUUGAGAAGGAUUUUGAGGAAGGUCAAGAGGUGGCUACGGUUACUCUCACCAAUCAAGUUUCAUCAACUUCUAGAUAGCCUUUAAUAUUGAAGGGACUAGCGCUUACAGUUCCAUUCAAACAAGGUUGAUCUUAGAACUGCUACUGAUGAGGGCUUGAAUAAGUGAACAAUGGAGUUUUUCCCUAUUACUAUUAGUUUGGAAUAAAAUGUGUCCAUCAUGUUAGUUUUCAUUUGCAUUUUCCAAACUCCUUUCACAUUGCAAUGUGAAUCUUUGUUCUUCAUGUUUUAAUUCAUAGUUUUUCAAUUCUUGAUUUUAUACUUCCAUGAGUUCAAUUGUUAAUGAACUUGAAUUCAAUUU